AUGUUGAAAUUGUAUUUAUUAUUAGGGAGAGAUCCUAUGCUACUUGUGCUGUAUAUCAUCUACUGUUUUUUUCUGCUACUCAGCGCACUUUUCACCGGUUUGAAUCUAUCGCUAAUGUCAUUGGAUAUUGACGACCUUCGACGCAUCAAGGAAUACGAUGAAGACCCGAAGACUAGACGUUAUGCAGCUAAUAUCAUUCCAAUAAGGGAGAAUGGAAACUUUAUAUUGUGUACAAUUUUAUUUGGCUCUGAGGAAGGCGAAGUCGCCGAAACAUCAGCCAUCGACCAACAACAGCAACAGCAACAACAACGACAGCGACAACGAAGACCUGUACCAACCUCGCGUCAGCUUAAGAAGAUCAGAAACAAUAUCUGUAACAUAAUUUGCGUGCUGACGUUCGAUCAAAUGUUUUCGCACCUACGUAUGUCCGAAUUCGAUCGGAUUCUCUUCAUCAACAUCGUUCCGGCGAUGUUCACUGUCACAUUCGCUGAAGUCAUUCCACAAGUGAUCUUCACAAAAUAUGCUCUGUCGAUGGGAAGUCGGUUUCGAUACUUGAUGGUGUUCUUCAUUGUGAUUACAUUUCCAGCCAGUUAUCCGCUAGCAAAGCUUCUCGAUUUGAUUGUUGGUCGAGAGAUGAGAACGACGAUGGAUAAACGAAUUCUGGGUGGUUUGAUACGUCAACAGAAGUACGAGAAUGAGAACAUGGCUGAUGUGGUAGAGAAUGCGAUGAAUCUACAAGUGAGACGAGUGCGAGACGUCAUGACACCACUGGAGAAGGUGUUCAUGAUAUCCGAUAAAACUGAAGUGAAUUCGAAUUUAAAGAAGGAACUGAACGCAAAUCGACACACACGAAUCCCUGUUUUCAAAGGGGAUGAUCGAAACUGCUUUCGUUUCGUAAGUUCCGAGACACCAGUCGCACAACUGAUGCUCGAACUGAAGAAAGGUUUUCCGUUAGCGAUUGUUGUUGACUAUCACCAUGAUAAAAUGAAUUAUAGUGUGGUUGGUAUCGUGACUUUGGAAGACAAUUUAGAAGAGGUGAUUGGAGAAAUCUAUGACGAAAAAGAUCUAAAACUGAAGAACAGGUCAGGUGAGAAAAUUGACGAAAAAUCAGUCGCAGUUGACGCAAGCGCUGGUGUGGCCGCUGAUGGGCUCACGUUGAAGAUGUCCAAGAAGAAAAAACAUACAGGAUUAAGUACAGAAGAGCUUCUUCCGGAUGAACAUGCUCCACUUCUGACUCAAGGAGCUGCCUCUUCAAUGAAAAAGUGA